UCUUUGAUUUGGGCUGACCUAAACAUAGAGCAUAAGCCCAUUUAUAAAACCUAGGUCAGUUCACCUUCAACCUAACACAACAUCAUCUCCGGCUACGGUGCCAAUUCCGAACUAAGACCCCUCCAAGCACCACCGCCAAUCCACCACAGUUCUCCGCCGUUUAUUGCUACUUCCUCCGUUCGCUGUUGGUAAAGACAAUGAAGAUCAAAGUUAUAUCACGCUCUACCGAGGAAUUCACUCGAGAACGAAGCCAAGACCUUCAGCGUGUGUUCCGUAAUUACGAUCCAAUUCUUCGUCCUCAAGAGAAGGCGGUGGAAUAUGUUCGUGCUCUUAAUGCAGUGAAGUUGGAUAAGAUUUUUGCUAGACCUUUUAUAGGAGCAAUGGAUGGACAUGUCGAUGCAAUUUCGUGCAUGGCUAAGAACCCUAGUCAGUUGAAAGAGGUAUUCUCUGGUUCAAUGGAUGGAGAUAUUCGUCUUUGGGAUAUAGCUGCUAGACGGACUGUCUGUCAGUUCCCUGGACACCAAGGUGCUGUGCGAGGCCUGACAGCAUCGACAGAUGGCCGCAUUCUUGUUUCAUGUGGAACUGAUUCCACUGUCAGACUUUGGAAUGUUCCUGUUGCUUCUUUUGGGGACUCAGAUGGCUCAAUUAAGACAACUAUUGAGCCGGCAAGUGUUUAUGUUUGGAAAAAUGCAUUUUGCGCUGUUGAUCACCAGUGGGACGGCGAGCAUUUUGCCACAGGUGGCGCUCAAGUAGAUAUAUGGAAUCACAACAGGUCUCAGCCAGUAAAUAGUUUCGUAUGGGGAUCAGAUACGGUGAUUUCUGUCCGCUUUAAUCCAGGAGAACCAAAUCUCUUAGCAAGCUCAGCUAGUGACAGGAGCAUAAAUCUGUAUGAUUUACGGAUGGAUACCCCAGUAAGGAAAAUGAUAAUGAUGACCAAAACCAAUUCUAUAGCUUGGAAUCCAAUGGAACCCAUAAAUUUUACAGUGGCAAAUGAAGAUGGUUACUGCUAUAGUUAUGAUUCCAGGAAAUUGGGUGAAGCCAAAUGUGUUCAUAAAGAUCACGUUUCUGCAGUGAUGGAUAUUGACUACUCACCAACUGGUCGAGAAUUUGUUACCGGAUCUUAUGAUAGAACAGUGAGAAUCUUCCCUUAUAAUGGUGGUCACAGCAGAGAGAUUUAUCAUACUAAAAGAAUGCAAAGGGUAUUCUGUGUCAAGUUCAGUGGCGAUGGAAGUUAUGUUAUUUCAGGAAGUGAUGAUACUAACCUCAGACUUUGGAAGGCCAAAGCAUCAGAACAACUUGGAGUAGUUCUUCCGAGGGAAAAGAAGAAGCAUGACUAUCACGAGGCCAUAAAGAAACGCUACAGGCACCUGCCUGAAGUUAACCGUAUUGCAAGGCAUAGACACUUACCAAGACCGAUAUACAAGGCUUCUUCUUUGUUACGUGUUAUAGCUGAUGCUAAGAAAAAGAAGGAAGAGAGGAGGAAAGCUCACAGUGCCCCAGGGAGUGUUACAACAAAGCCGUUGCGGAAAAGAAGAAUUAUCAGAGAAGUUGAGUGAGGUUUUUCUGAGCCAGUGCAUACUGAAAAAUGCAAUAUAUAUAUAUUUAUGAAGUGGCAAGAGUUCAUAUACUGUUUUCUCAGGCAAAUGGAUGCUAAGCAUGCAUCAUUAGUGAAAUCAAUAGCUAAUUUUGUGGUGUUUUACUGCUUGGUUCAGUUAUAUGUCCCAAUGCAAGAAAUUUUGGUGUAUUAUUGAGUUUAGUAUUCUUAAUAUUUUUGAGUUUAAAUUAGUAAAUGUGAUGAAAUGUUACACUAUUGAGCUCUAACAAAA